UUCAUUUAGUUGGACUACUUUCUUAACUACAAACCUAAUGCAUUUUCUUGUAUAUUAACAGCAGUAUCUGACAGAACAAUGGGUUCGGUGGUUGGCAAGGUCAUGGAAGAGAACUUCAAGAAGCAACAAGUGUUUAUGGAGAAAAGUCAGUCAGAAAUGUUGGAGCGACAAAUACAAAUGCAGAAUCAGAUGCGAGAACGUCAGGCAGCUAUGAUGUUAGCAAGAUCUCGAGAUAUGUUUCAGUGGUGGUGUGCAUUCUACACAACCAUUGCUGUAAUGGGAAUUGCAGGUUUUGCCAAGAAGAAGAACCCUGCAGCAUUAGUACCACUGGUUCCCUUUGGUUUUAUACUAGGCUAUCAGUAUGACUUAGCUUACAGUACCAAGAUGCAAAGGUGUAGAGAUGAAGCAGAAAGAAUAAUGAUAAAUGAAGGCAGCUACAUACAGUUACCCAAUGGUCUACCAACAUUAAAAAGUAUUGAUGCAGGGAGACAAAAGGGAAAAUAAACCUUCAUUUAUUUUAUAAAACACAAUCAACAAAAAAUACUUAUAAUUGUGACUGUGUGUUUGUAUACAUUCAUUAGUAGUGCCAUUUUAAAGUAGCUCAUCUUCAGAUUCAUGCUACUUUUUACAACACUUAGAAAUUAAAGUAGGAAUUUUAACAACUUUUGUGAAGUGUACAAAAUGAAGCUUACAGACUUGAUCAUCCACAGAAGUUAUCUUUUAAAAUAUUGAAAUAUGUAGGUAUAACUCUAACUCCAUAGUUAAUAGGAUGUAGCUGUUAUAUAAAAUUUGAAUAUGUAAAUUUAGUCAUAAUUUAAAGAAUAAAAAGUAAAUCUGUGUAAGUCAGCUCCUAAAUAAUGUUAUAUUUGAUGUAAGCAUAAGAAGAUCUUAACUUUAGUUACAUUACUUCAGUAACAUUGGGUACACACUUGAAUCUGAAAUAUUUGCACAUUUUGUAAACUUGUUACUUAUAGAGUUUAGUCCUUAACUAGAAAUUUGUUGACUCAUCUUGGAACUUAAAGCAGCAUGCCUCCAGAUUCAUGUUAAUUUCCAUGAUUUUUUUCAAUGUACAUUGUAUUUAAAAAUGAAAUAUUGUGAAGUGAACAAAGGCACUUAUCGGUAGAAGCCACAUGAAUUACUGUGUUUGUCACACAGUAGAAGAAAUAUAGUGAUUAAUAGUGCAAAAUCAGUUAUUAAAUGCACAUUAACUGUAAAUUAAAUCUUUAAUAUUGAAUAUUUUUACUUUUCUUAAAAUAUUAGUACAUGUACAUUUUUUUCUCAAGUUUGAUUUUCUUGAAAUAUUUUGCAGCUUUAACUGUAAACUUGAUUUUUUUUAAAAAAGAGAAAUGAUGUUUCUAUAAAUAGAAUGCAUGAUUAUGUUAUCAGUCUAUGUGUUAUUUCAUAUCAAAAUUACAACUAUUUCAACAACACAAGCUAAUCUUGUGGUAUGUAGAUUAGAUUUAAUCAUGACAUAGAAUUUGUAUGUGCUGAUUUUGUUUUGAUAUGUGUAUUUAAAAUGUUUUUGCCGAUUAAGCAAUAAAUGCUUUACAUGUUUUUACAUUGCAAGAACAUUUAUAUAUCUCUUUAAGUGUAAUAUUAAAAUAGGAUGAAUAUGCCUUGAUAAAUUAAGAUAAUAAAAGAAUUUUUGGUGCAUUUACAUGUAUUUGUUACCUUUUGACCUAUAACUCCUUUUAUGCCAAUUCUUCUAUAUGCCAUACAUAUUUAUAUAACAAAAAUACAAUGUAUUUAUAUUAUGUGUACAUACAUAUUUAUAUUUUAUAAGUGAUGUCUACAUGUUUUCUAUGAAGAUAUUUGUUUAGAAUUUAAUGUGCAAGUAGGUUCAAGUAAGCAUAUGAAAUUGCAAAGAUCUUUAAAUUGGGGGGGGGGGGAACUUUUAAAAAACAACAAGUAAAUGGAAUGAAAAUUUCAUUAUUUUUUUUAAAGAUUUUAUGUGGCAUUUUAUGUACCUUAGUACAUGUCAAUAAAACUGGAAUCAGAUAAUGUAUUCAUGGUUUCGUAUUUCUUAUUAAAGACAUGAAAAUAUACGUUCAGCAUAAUGUUACUGUGCCAGUCCGGCUGCACAUUUUUCUAACUCCAAAUCAAAUGAAGUACUGGUAUCGUCGGGUUUAAUUAAUUGCUAUAAUUGUAAUUCCCAUAUUCUCAGGGACAUAAAUGUUACAUUGUUUCUUUUCUCAGAAUGAGCAAACAUUAUGUUCCUAUGAAUUUACAGAUUAUCUAGUGUUUCCUUGAAAUAUUUAAAUAUUAAUAAACCCUUCUGAAAUACAUGUAGUAAUGUAAAUUGACUUAUACUGCUUGGAUUUGGGAUUAUUGUCACCUUAGUGCAAGAACUGAUUAACUCCUAUUUAAUUAAGAAGGACUUAAUCCAUUACUGCAUUAAGGUAAGGAUAUGCUGACUGCAAAUUUUAAGUAUUUUACAAACACCAUCACUUGGACAUGCUGGAUUGAAUAUUUCUCUAUACUGCAGGCAAAGGCCUUCCUUAUUGUGUCUGUUAGUCUGUCAACUAUUUCAAAUUCUUAUAUAGACUGUAUAUUUAUAUCUUGUUAGUUAAAACUUGUUUUUUGGAUGAAAUUUGUAUAAAAUUAAAAGAUUGAAAUAGUU